AUGCAACACCAGCAACCGCCUCCACCCUCCAUUGAAACCCUAGAAUCCUCCAUCCAUCAUCUUGUGACGCAGUAUCAAAGAAGACAAAGGUGGCAACUCCUUCUCAACUACCUUUGUUGCUACCACCCACAACAACAACAACAACAACAACAACAACAACAACUCUAUGAUCAAACUAAGUACUCUAUAUGGAGGACAAAGCUCACUAGUUUCCUUGAAUUGCCUGCAAUCCAUCUCACCACCAUUGUCCUCCUCCUUCUUGACCUCUUCCUCACAGUACUUGACCUCUCAUUAUCCAUCCUUUCAAGCUCAUCAAAUGAGAGUCAUGAAAACAAGAAGAAAGAUGUUACACACAAGGUGUGCCACUGGGGAGGGGUUGCCAUUUUGAGCUUACUUACAGUGAAGAUGAUUGCAUUGGUUUUUGGUCUUGGUGUGCAGUUCUUUAGAAGGCCAGGGCAUGUAGUUGAUGCUUUGGUUGUGGUUGGAGCUUUGGUUUUGGAGGUGGUGGCUGAAGGGAAGGGAGCAGGGUUGGUGGUGGUGGUGAGCUUGUGGCGUGUGGUGAGGGUGGUGGAGAGUGCUUUUGAGUUGAGUAAUGAGGCCAUUGAAGCUCAGAUUGAGAGUAUAGAGGUGCAAUUUGAGGAGCUUAGAGAGGAGAAUAGAAGGUUGGAGAAAGCUUUGCAUCAGAAGGAUGCCAUUAUAUUGGAGCUUGAGAUGGAGUUGAAUGAGUUUAAAACAUGUUAGUUUGUACUUGGUUCUUUUCUUUUUCCAUUUAUCUUAGGUUGUAAAUGAACAAAUUCGCUACUGAGCAACUCAGAACUUGGUUCCAAAAAAACUCAUUUAUUAAGGAAACGAGCUCGAGCUUGACUUUUAAAGUCGAGUAGAUAAUCAAGUUGAGCUUGAGCCUCAAAUUGCUUCUUGGCUCUUUAAUGUUCGUGAGAAACUUGGUAUUGUAAUAUAUUAUAGGGAAAAUUACUGUUCACUAACGGGGUGUUUUUGGCAAUUUUAUAAACUU